AUGCGGAACUCUCGGCGUACUCGGAUAUCAAAUCAUACUGGAUCUACUCUUGAAGUUUCUGCAAUGAAUGCUUCUACUAGUGUUGUUUCUGGCGGCUGGACUCCUCUUCAAGACAACUUAUUACUAGAUGCUGUACAAACUCAUGCUGGGAAAUGGUUGCCCAUUUCCAAUUGUUUAGGCAGUCAUCGAUCUCCUGCUCAAUGCGAGGCAAGACAUAAGCAUCUAGAGUCUUUAGGAGUUACUACAGUGGAUGAUUUACUUCGACUGAGAGCCAAUGGCAGUAUUGCUACAGAUGCGAAUCCUUGGAAGAGUGUAUUCAAUCUAUAUGAUAAUCAGAACCAUACCAUCCGCUCGCCCGUCAGUCGGACAAGUUUAGCCAUGAACACAUUGAACCACACUAUUGCUCAAACCAUCAACAGUUCAAUCAACACCAUCAACAAGAACAGCAGUGGAACCACAUCGACUGUUGUUAAAAGACCGGAUAAGAGUCGCAAGUCGCAAACUCCUGUUGCUCUCGUUCAAACACCAAUUACGAGCAGUUUAAAAACUCCCGUUAUUCAAUCCAUGACAAUGAAUACCAUGAGAACUGUCAAAUCUAGACAUGCUAAACAAGGAAUGACUCCAUCACUUCAACCACAACCCAUGCGACCACCCCUCAAAACUAUUCAGGCUAGUUCCCCUGUUGCUCAUUCCAUCACCACUACUGUAACGACUAGAGCAAAGUCUUACCGUCCUCACCUCGGUGUUGCUACCAAUGUGUUUCCUGAAUGUCCUCAAAAGUGCUCUUCAAUACGUCGGGGUUCAUCUCCAAGUUGUUCUCUUCCAACUCCUUCCUGCAGUAACAUUGCUGCCGUGCAUUCCUCCUCACAGGCCAAGUUGCAGUCUGCCAAAGUCAAUACUAAAAAAUCUCGAAAAGCAGCAAAAGUCACUCGUAUUCAUGCUGCUGCUUCCGAACCCACUUUACUGAGCAAGAUGAAGCAGACACGACUUGAUUGUCCUGAAUCUACUAUUAAUCAUACUGCUGUUCCUGUAGAUUCCAUCUCAAACGAAACCCAGUUCUUUCAGUCUUUGGAAGCACUUCAAUCUGCUCUUUCAAUGCCACCAAAUCUGUCCGAAUUCUCGUUUGUUACAAAACCUCCCGCUUCGCUUACUAACUGGACAAACUCGACAUCUGAUUAUUUGACUUCAGAAUGUCAACCUUUGCUUAGUAGCGAGGCUAAUCUAUUGGAUGCCAUGUUUAAUACUGUUCAAAAUUCCACUGAUAACCAGACCAAUGAUAUCAACACUUGCACUAAACCUCUUACUGUAUUUAAUGACAAUGUAUUCACAUUGGAAGACCUGUUUGCUGAUGAUUCUGCCAUCACUUUUCAUACGUCCAAAGUAGAUACUGGCGAUCAUCCAUCUCAAACAUUAGUAUCUUCCGACCUUGACAACACUUUGAAAAAUUCCAAUAUUCAGAAUUAUAAUCCUACAUUGUCAAUGUUAAACCAGUUGGGUUCUGAUAUCAACACUGGUAGUGCAUUCACCAACACCAUGUCUACUCACCAGCAACCCAUUCCUGCUCAAGAAAGGCGUAUAAACAGUUCUCACUUGGAUGGAGAUUUGUUUGACCUUAUCAACUGGGAUGUCGAUGUCGACAUGUCACUUGCCAAGGACCAACUACACGAAAACACUUGCAUCAGUAAUCCCAUCAAACCCUCAAGUCUAAUUCAACCGCAACAUGACUUGGAUUCACUCGACCAGACACUGAAUUCGCUCAUCUUUAAUGAUCAUCUCUCACAGACAGCAUUGGACUCUGUUCCUAAACUUGCCAAUGAUUGCUUUAUGGGUCAGAUUUAUCAACCAAUUGUAACGCAAUCUCAGUCGGAACAACCCUUGCUUCCAGUAAACAUAUCACAAGAAGAGCAAAACAAUCAGAUGCUGCAUGAUUUGUUUGGAAAAGACUUUUGGGCACAUUCUGAAAUGGAUUUGUCAAGUAUGGCCGAUCCAUGUCCAAUUCCUUUGGACGCCCUGACUCCAGAUAUGAUGCAAUUGUAUCGGUCUUUAUCUGGCGUUUUUCCCGACAAUAGUGUUGCUUCUCUCCCUGCCGACUCAAAUGUAUCGACUGCGCCUUUUUAUACAUCAAUCGGCAACACUACAAACACUGCUGAAAAAUCAACUUUCAAGCAUAAAUCUUUGUAUAGCAAACCAUCAAAGUCAUUGCUCACAACAACCGCACCGCCAAUUCCAUCAAAAAACUCGGGGGGUUUAGUCAUGCCAGGUUUACAGUCACACAACCAGAUUAAACCCGAUCAACGUGUGUCCAGGAGUAAAGUCUAUCCCCUGCGAAAAGUGUCUUGUAAUACAUUUGACACAAUUUCUUCUAAACCGCCCUGCAUUACAAAUCAUCACAGCAUUCAUCCCAUGUGUGGAGACCCAACUACUCCCAUGAAUGUACAAUCUGAUGACGAUUUUCUAGCAAGUAAUGCCGACGAAAGCGAUUUGUUCAUCACUCGUGAUGAAGUAGAAGAUCUAUACAAAGAAACGGUAGAAAUGAGUCAUUUCUCACAUCACUCUGUUCAAUCCAGCGACUUUACAUUGGACUCUCCAGAUUGGAUCAAUGGUUCUAACAACAUAUUCAGCGUAGACCAAAUCCAACAAAUUCAACUUCAACUUGCACAAAAUUUUCAACUCUGUGUCCAAUCAUAUUGUAUCGAACGUCAACUUAAAGGUAAUCCAUCUCGUGAAUGUCAGUUCUGGGAGGCUCAAUUGCUGAACCAUACUGUGGCAAGAGAAAAUGCUAUCGCGAGGUAUGGGAGUCACACUCUGUUUAAUUUCAAUGGAGCGGACAAGGUUGCACAUGUGCUGUCGCAUUCCUUUGAUCAUCUUUCAUUGGAAGCAACAGAGUUUGCUGAAAAUUAUGAAUGGGCAGUACAGUUGAAGAUCAAAAAAGAGUUUUUGGGAUCUGGAGGAUUCAAAGGUAAUUCCAAAAUCAAGAGUGUCAGAGCUGCUGUCUUGCCAGAAAACGUGUCGAAACUUUUGGAAAAGUUUGAUAGUGGAUUCGACGAAGAGCUCAAACCAAACAUUGUUCGAGUCAAUCGAUCGCAUUUGGUUGGAUUUUCACCCGAAGAAGAUGCUUUGUUGCUUUAUGGUCUUUUGCACUACGGAUUCAACGACUGGCCCUCUAUUCGCGCGCACUAUCUCCCAGCACGAACGUACAGCCAGAUCAAAUAUCGAUACAAAAAUCUAGUACAUCGUGGCAAAACUGCCAAUAAAAUCAAGGAGUUUUAUCUUCAACCCUUCCGCGCUCUCCGUCUAGCUGAAAACCAACUGGUUAUAUCUGGAGCACAAGUGUUUGGUCCUGCAUUCAAGUAUGCCACAGCACAACUGCUUCCGCAAUGUCCAGAUACGCUUAUUCGAACUGGAUGGAAUGAUCUUGUCUGUAUUGGACAAAUCAAGUACUAUUGGGAUGCAAUUGUUUUCAACAAGUCUACAAUCAAUACAGACUCGAUGUUUGGUAUGGCAAGAACUAAAAAACGCAAAAGUCUUGCUCUCGAUGCUUCGACAAGUUUUAUUACCAAGCGUCCCAGACAGUUUCACAGCAGUUCUGGAAAUGAACCUAUUCCUGCACCGGUCGCGUCCAAAUUGCCAAAUAUGGAUUUAGCAAUGCCUAUUACUGAACUAUUACCAGCCAUGUCUCAAGCGGACCUGGUUGCAUUGUGGAUGAGUGCUACGAUUCAAUUGUCAAAAUCAGCUGGUAUUCCUAUUCACGCGGAUACGAAUCCUACAUGUUCAAAUACAGCCUCUACCUCGCAAACCACAACUUCUAUUCCACAAAUGAAUGCAGAUACAAGAACACAACUGAAUACAUUAUUGCAAGUCUCGCUUGCCGAACCUACUUUGACACCUGCCCAUCAAUCUACAGACAUGACUCAAGUCAUUCCAUUUAUCAACAGUGACGCAUUUGCCGCACUGACUCAACUUAUCCAACAACAAAUCGGGACUGUGCCAUUAUCCAUAACAAACCCUCGACAAACGAUUUCUCAUACCCAGUCAGCAUCAUCCAUAAACUCCUCUGUACUCAACACUGCAACGACACGUUUGCAACGACCGUCGAAAAUUGCAUCCAAACCUAUCCUUCAAACACCAAAGCGAACAUCACCGACAGAAUCAUGGCUGAAUCAAAGUUCAGACGCAGGAUAUCUUGCAUCGGUACAAUCAUCAGAACCCGAUCUGAUGGCUACUGCACCCCUAACACCUCCAAGUUUUAUUACUCGACCUAUGGCGAAAAAAUCACACCUUUCAUUGGUUACACCUAUUGAGAGAAAGCCUGCAUCCAGUCUUGGACAAACUGGAUGUGCACUCAACAAGAGCAGCACUCACCGACAUGGUACAACACAAGCCACAGCUGUCAAAACACAUUUAAAUUCAGACAUGAUGAAUUGGAAUUCCGAUUUCGAAACGGAUUUUGAAAGUGGGGUGAAUGCUGGUGAUACGCCGCGUUCUUUUAAAAGUAGUGUACCUCCACUUAUUACUGCUCGUCGCUCGUCAUUGGUCAACUCGAUUCCUCCUGGUGAUGAUAUAAAGCGUAGAGCAUCGACAUACGCCAAUAGUCCAUUGAAUCUUUUUCCUGGAUCAGAAACAAAGGUCUUUAGCCAUGAUGCCAAUGUGUAUGGAACAACCGACUGUAAUAUAGAACAGUCCACUGCAUUCAUUUCAUUUUCAGGCGCAUACAAUUGUGAUACAGAUAGCGAUGACGAUGAAUUGAAAGUUGGCAGCAGUGGUCAGGAUGGAUGCGAAAACAAAGUAAGGAUAGUAAGCGAUGAUGCUACACUAUGUGGCUAUGAUACCCCCACAGUCCACUUGACGUCUAGUGUGGUAUCUAAGCCUUUAGAAAUGAACGCGGUGAACGCGGUGACCACUAAACCAUUGGCUCGUAAGGCUGACUCUAGACUUUCCAUCUAUACAGCAUCAAGACAAUAUGACUCUGCUACCAGUGAUAACGAGUAUAUCAAUAAUGGUGGAAUAAGUCGGACUGUUCGCAAGACUGGGAGUCGUUUGCGUAGAGGAAGAAAUGACCCAAUGUUGAUUCUACGAUCCGCUACCUCACGACGAAAUGGCAGUAAAGACUUUGGUGAUUACCCUGUGUUGAGUAAGCGUGGAAUCGUAUCUUCUUACAUGUCAUCUUGAUUUAUGAAUUUAUCUUCAAAUGUGUGCUUUGAAAGAAAUACUAUUCAUCUAUUUAUCCAUGUUUUAUAUUGCUGGUGAGAUAAGUGUCGGAAUAUUAUUACAACCGUAUUCACGCAAAAUAAAACACUAAUAAGGGUCCCU